GAGCAAAGCCAGCUGAUCUGGGGAAUUAAGGACAAGCUGAAGAAAUUCUGCUCCAUCAAUGACAUGAAGGAACUGCUUAUUGCCAACGAUCAGGAAGUUCCCUCUGGGGAGUCAAAUAUCAUAGACCGCCUUUCAGAUUGCAUGGCGUUUGGGUCCUUGAAGUCUUGUGAGACUUGCAAAGGGCAGCUUGUAUUUAAGAGCGAUGCAUACUACUGUACUGGAGACAUCUCUGCAUGGACCAAAUGUGUAUUCAAGACUCAGACGCCUGAUCGCAAAAACUGGGUCACUCCUAAGGAGUUCAGUGAGAUUCCAUUCUUGAAGAAGUUUAAGUUUCAACGGCAGGACCGAGUGUUUCCCAAAGAUGCCCCUCCUGCAGCCCCCACCCCCUCAUCUGCUGCUGCUACUGUGAGCUCAGCCGCCCCGAGCGCGUCUACUACCGCCAGUAAUAACCUCACUAAGGUGCCUGCAGGUCAGUGACUC